AUGCGGCAGAUUUUGCAACUGGAGCUCACCUCAGAUCGACCCCGAAGGAGGCCCGCAGAGACAGAGGAAGUGGUUUUCAAGCGACCCAUUAGUCCGACUGCUCACCUCAAGCGACGGGCACCCGUCUCUACAGCGUCGGGAAGAAAGGGCCAGCUCGAGGGCAUGAGGAAACUGAUGGCCGUCAAGCGGCUCCGGCGCUCCACCACCCCAGUCACUGCUGGUCCUCCUAUCCCAGCUGCGGACGGGAAGGUGGUCUACGUCUACUCCCGCGAGGCCACCAUCGCUGCCGACCUGCUGCCGGUGAACCAGGGCAAGGCCGAGCGGACACACGCGCUGGCGGCGGCCUACGGCCUGCUGCAGCCAUCGCUGGUGCGGCUGGUCGCGCCGAAGGAGGCCACCGUGCAGCAGCUGACGGAGUUCCACGAUGCCGACUACCUCGAGCGUCUCACCGACUCCAAGCCGCAGCCCAAGAAGCAGCCCGAAAAGAGGAACAUUUUCGGCAUGAAGAUGGGCAGAGACAAGCAGCAGCAGCAGCAGCAGAAGAAGAAGAAGCCAAAGCAAAAGCGGAAGCCCAAGAAAAAGAAGAAGACGCGGUCGAGCGACGACGAAGACAGCGACGACGAGGGAAGCGACGAUGACAGCAGUGACGAUGACAGUUCUGCAAGCAGCUCCAGCAGCUCCAGCGACAGCAGCGAGGAAGAGAUCAGGGACGGCGACGAAGAGUUUGGGCUGCAGCACGACUGCACCCCCUUCCCUGGGGUUUUCCAACAUGCCGCCAUGGUGGCGGGAGCCACGAUGGCUGCCUGUGAAGAGCUCAAGGCGCGACGGAGUAGCAUCGCCAUCAACUGGAUGGGCGGACGACAUCCGGGAUUCUGCUACGUCAAUGACAUCGUGCUCGCGAUUCUGUCGUUGAUGGGCUCCUUCGCCAAGGUGCUCUACAUAGACAUCGACAUUCACCACGGCGACGGCGUAGAAGAAGCGUUCUACUACACCGACAAGGUAUUUUGCGUGUCCUUCCACCACUACGCACCCGGAUUCUACCCUGGCACGGGGCGGAUUACCCAGGUGGGCGCAGGCAAGGGCAAGUACUACACCGUGAAUGUGCCGCUCAAGGCGGGCAUCGGGGACGAGGCCUACGUGGAGCUCUUCGCGCAGGUGGUGUCUGGCAUCGUGACGCGCUACUCGCCCCAAGCGGUCCUGCUGUCCGCUGCUGAUGGUUGGCUGCCGUGGCGUGGCUUCGGGGCGUGCAGAGGUCUUGGUGAAUGCGUCCGCACGGUGCGGGAUCUGUGCAAGGGCCGCGGGGACGUCCCUCUGCUCGUGCUGGGCGGAGGCGGCUACAACUCGACCAACGCCGCGCGGGCUUUCACCCACUUCACAUCCCUCCUUCUCGACAAGGAGCUGCCCAACGACAUUCCUGAGCACCGCUUCUUCGAGGACUACAAGGACCACGGCUUCCAGCUCCACCUGCCGGCGGGCCACGAGCCGGACAAGAACGACCAGGCCUACCUCGACCAGGUGCGCCAGACUGUGCAGGACAACCUGGCCCGCACUGCUGGGGCGACAUAA